AUGUUACGCCCGAUUUGCGAUACCGUCGAACGCAGAUUUACAAGCCUUCCGCUCGAGGUCAUGGUUCUCACGGAUGGCGAAAUUUGGAAUCAGUCAGAGCUCUUCAACUACAUCGGUGGCGUCAACAAUGCUCGCUUCUUCACCCUUGGCAUCGGAAGUGGAGCAUCAUCUGCUCUCGUCGAGGGAAUCGCCAGAGCAGGUAAUGGGUUUGCCCAAUUCGUCGGUGAAGGAGAAAAGAUGGACAAUCGAGUAGUCCGCAUGUUGAAGGGAGCACUAACUCCACACAUUUCCGACUAUUCAAUGGAAGUCAUCUAUGACGACAAAGAAAACACCACAUCGGAAGACGACUUUGAAAUCGUUGAUUCAGAAAGCGCCUCUGUACGAACUCUCGUGCCACCGGAACAGGACCAAUCACAAAAGAAAAAAAUCUCUCUCUUUGACACAAGCUAUGUUGAAGAGCCAACCAAUCCCCCCACAGGUCGCUUCGAUCACCUUCCCAAAGUUGCCAUACCAAAAACUAUCCAGACCCCUCACAAGAUUCCGGCAUUAUUUCCUUUCAAUCGCACCACCGUCUACCUGCUUCUAAGCCCAGACGCACCUCCUCGAGCCCCAAAGCUAGUCAAACUUCGUGGAACCAGUGACCAGGGUUCUUUGGAAUUGGAUAUCCCCGUCCAAGAUGUAGGCACCGGAGAAACUCUCCACCAGCUCGCUGCCAAGAAGGUCAUACAAGAACUUGAAGAAGGACGAGGCUGGCUCACCGAGGCUCGCAGUUCUGACGGAACCCUGUUCAAAACAUCCCAUGACGGUCAGUGGGAUCUCAUCGUCGAACGUGAAGCAGUCAGAAUCGGUGUGGACUUCCAAGUUGCCGGUAAAGGCACAUCAUUUGUGGCUGUCGAGAAGAAUGGCGAUUCCAGUGAGGGUGCCAAAGACUUGGUUUUUCGUACUGUAGAGCCAGGUUCGUCAAACAAGCCUCAGCCCCAAAGGAAUCUUUAUGCCAUGAGUGUCGGCAUGGGCUCUGGUGCCAGGUUCAGACUAGCGAGAGCACCACCACCAUCUGCAACUGCCCCAAUGGCCCCACCACCGCCUGGCUCAGCGCCAUAUACAGCAUCUGCAUUCUCGCCCGCCCCUGCACCCGCCAUGUGUGCAGCACCAUCUCCUUUCGUUGGUGGUGGUGGCGGUGUUGCAGAAUCUGCUAUGGCCCGGGGCUCUGCCCUAACCCCUACCAGCUCGGCUUUAUUCGGUUCUGGCCAGACACUUUGCCGCGCACUUUUAUCAAGAACAAGUCGCAAAGACAGUAACCCAAGCGCUCCGUCGGCCAAGAAAUCAAAAUCCCCAGCAACAGGGGCAGAUGAAUACUUUGAACCUGAAUUCGCGCACGAUGAGCCCGAAGCCGACUUGGGCCUGAGUUCCGAGAUCACACAAACCGACAAAAUGCACAACGUGAUCGAUCUACAGGCAUUUGAUGGAAGUUGGUCUCUUUCAGACGAACUCGUCAAAGUUCUCGAAUUGCCUGCGGGAUACGAUAAGAUGCCUGACAACAUCACGGAUAAGACUGUCUGGGCGACUAUUCUCACCAUAGCGUGGUUUGAGAAGGUUCUAGCGGACAGCGAAGAUGUUUGGGAAAUGGUGGUGGAUAAGGCGAGGGAGUGGUUGAAGAUGAAGACCAAGUUGAGUGGAGAGGAGAUUGAGAAGUUGAAUGGAGAGGCGGGCAAGUUUUUCGGAGGGAAGUGA